AUGGCGGCGGGGACACACACGACUUUGACAAUACCCGUGACUUAUAACCGCAGUAGUGGAAAUGGCGGCGGCGGCAGUGGUGGUGGUGGUGGUGGUGAUGGUGGCGCUGGGGCCAGCGGUCUUGGAGGUGGUGGUGGUAUUGGGGGAAGUGCUGUCGGCGGCGGCGACGGCGGCGGUGGCAGCUUCCCCGUCCAGUCUGCGGAGCCGGCGCUGAUUUACCUUUUGAAGAAGUGUCUGGAAGAGGAGGCGGCGGCCGGCGGCGGUGGCGGCAGAGGCCGUGGUCGCGGCGGCGGCCGAGGCCGCAGCGGCGCUGGCGGCGGCGGCGGCAGCUACCAGGCGUUGCUUUGCUGUCCUGUUCAGCACUUUAGCGCCACGGGGUCGGACCGGGGCUGGGGCUGCGGCUGGAGGAACAUACAGAUGAUCAGCUCGGCGCUGAUGCUGCGGGACGACAGGCUGCGACGCGCCAUGUACGGCGGAGCGGGUUUCGUGCCGGACAUCGCCUCCCUGCAAGCCUGGCUGGAGUCCGCCUGGGCAGCGGGGUUCGACAUGCUGGGCUGCGAGAGCCUGGGGGGCAAGAUACAGGGAGACCGCAAAUGGAUAGGUACGACGGAGGCCGCGGCGGUUCUAAGAUCCUUCGGGGUCCGCGCACAAAUCGUGGACUUUGAGGCAAGCAGUCGGGCCGAGGUGGCGGCAGCGGCGCCGUACGAGGAGACGGGCGUGGCGGCGGUGGCGGCGCCUCAGGUGCCGCCGUCUGCUGGCGCCUCCGGCGGUGUUGGUCGGCCGCCGUCAGCGCAGGCGGCCGCCUCCGCUGCUCACUUACACCAGCCUCUGAUGGACUGGGUGUGGAGGUACUUUGCUGGACAGCACGAGCCCACGCGAAAAAUCGGCGUCACAGCUGCGGCUUCUGCGGCUGCACCGCAGGGGGUGUCUUGUUCGGCCCCAUCACCGGUAUUGUCGUCGUCGUCGUCGGUGAUCGUGACGGGAAUGCCGCCGCUGUACUUCCAGCACGAGGGCCAUAGCCGCACCAUCAUCGGCAUUGAGCGCCGCCGUCAACACCGCGUCGGGGGCGGUGGCGUUGCGGUGACGACAACGUUGCUGGUUCUGGAUCCUGGAUCGCCUUCCGCCGCACUUGAGGCGGCGUUGAUGCAGCGGCGCGGCUGGCAGCGGUUCGUACGGCGUGGGGUGCACACGCUGACGCGGCCGCAGUACCAGCUGUUGUACGUUGACGUGGCGGCGGGGUUGACGCCGCAGGGCCCAGAGCUGGAGUCGCUCAAAGUCAUCGCGGCGGUGGAGAAGUACCGGGCUGCCGCCGUCACUGCUGCGGGGUCGGGCUAG